AUGGCGAGCACCGGCGCCGCGCGGGAUGUCAUCCGCAGGAAACUCGUCAUCAUUGGCGAUGGCGCCUGCGGCAAGACGUCCCUGCUGAGCGUCUUCACACUCGGCUACUUCCCCACCCACUACAUCCCGACCGUCUUUGAAAACUACGUGACCGACUGCCGCGUCGAGGGCCGCAACGUCCAGCUCGCCUUGUGGGACACGGCCGGCCAGGAAGACUACGAGCGGUUACGGCCGCUGGCCUACGCCAAGGCCCAUGUGAUCCUCAUUGGCUUCUCGGUCGACACCCCUGACUCGCUCGACAACGUCAAGCACAAGUGGAUCGAAGAGGCCACGGAGCGGUGCCCCGGCGUGCCCAUUAUCCUGGUGGCCCUCAAAAAGGACCUGCGGGAGGACCCGCUGGCCGUCGAGGAGAUGCGCAAAAAGAGCCUGCGGUUCGUCACCAAGCACGAAGGCGAGUCGGCGGCCAAGGAGAUUGGCGCGCGCAAGUACCUGGAGUGCUCGAGCUUGUCGGGCGAGGGCGUCGACGACGUCUUUGAGGCGGCCACGCGGGCCGCCCUGCUGACGUUUGACCGGAGCGAGGGCGGCGGCUGCUGUGUCAUCUUAUAG